CAAGAAAACCAGUCACAAUUGCUACUCUAAAGAAACCACGUCUCCUCCUUAUUGGUUCGGCCCAACAGUGUCAGCCGUUUGUAUCCAUCCGCCCUCGCGGUAUUCGUUCCAAUACUUUUAGUACCCAAAGGGGGUACAGUUCAACACGCCACCACAUAUUUUUCCCUCUGUUACGUAUCUACAAAGAGCAGCGCAGGGAAAUGCGAAUUGCCACAUUACAGCUUGCCCCGAAACUGGGUGACGUGGAAGGCAAUAUCAGACGCGCUAAUGAAUUGCUGCAGAAGGGCAAAGUGCUCGGUGGUGUUGGGGUAGGAGUAGAGAUCUUGAAACCGGAGAUCCUGGUCUUACCGGAGUUGGCACUGACUGGGUAUAACUUUCCUUCGCUGGAGGCUAUCAGGCCGUAUCUGGAGCAUGCUGGGAAGGGUCCGUCGGCUGCCUGGGCGCGAGAGGCUGCCAGGCGCUAUCGGUGUAAAGUUUGCGUUGGGUAUCCUGAGGUUGAGGAAGCUGGUUCAAGUAAACAAGAGACGUACUAUAACUCUCUUCUGGUGGUUGAUGAAAACGGGGAGGUUAUUCACAAUUAUCGCAAGACGUUUCUGUACUAUACAGAUGAGACGUGGGCAACAGAAGGUGAUGCCAAGAGGGGAUUCCGUGAGCUUGCCUUUGGGAACCAGCAGGAGCAACAGUAUCAGGUUGCCACUUCAUUUGGAAUAUGCAUGGAUAUCAACCCGUACAAGUUUGCGACGCCGUUUACGACCUGCGAGUUCGCGAACCGGGUGCUCGAUUCGAAGUCCCAAUUGGUCGUUCUUUCUAUGGCGUGGCUGACGUCGAUGGAUCGCGAGGAGCUCGACUCGCUCGCUGGGAGGCCGGAAAUGGAUACCUUCAACUACUGGGUUCAGCGGUUUUGGCCUCUCCUCAAGAAGAGAUUGCGUCAUGAUGUUAACUUCGAUGGGGACGAUGCUGAGACCGGUAAAAAGACGGUUAUUGUUUUUGCGAAUCGGGCGGGGGAGGAAGCUGGCCCUGAGGGAACGAACCCGGCUCUGUACGCUGGCACGAGUGCCAUUGUUGCUGUUACGCAACGACCGCGGCCCCCCUCCGCUGACGGAGAAACCAGUGCCGGAGACAAAAUUUCUCAAAAUGGGUCCGAGGUGGAUGGGCUUGGGGACAAGGAUACAUUGCCGUUCGACGUGAGUAUACUGUGUUGGGAUAUGAUGGCCGCGACAGCCGAAGGAAUAUGCUUUGCGGAUACUACGAUGGAUCCACAGAUGGUUUUCGGACUAGUUAAAGCUUCAAGUAAAUAAUGUGAUCGGGGCUAUGGAGCAGUAUCCAUGGGUCGGGGGAUAAUAAUAUCCUCCCGUAAGUCUGACGGUAGAAGGUAUAGCAUGUUUUGUGCUCAUAUCGCGCGAUCACGGAAUCCCCAUUCUGUUCUUUCCAUGGUCCUCAACACUACCUAUAAGAGCUGGGCUAUAUAAAUAUUAAUCUAUAUGAUACAAUUUACGAAUAAUCCCUUCUCAUAAUAGAGAUCUUAGCCGUUGGACUAGAGAAACGCAUCAUUCGCCUUCUAUGCAACCAUGACUCUCACGAGUCAGGCUAGCAUUCCGAUCAACCUCUUGCCACACUUAGGAGUCAUGUGAGUCACUUAACAGUCAUACUGGAUGCUUAUCCAUGUGACACUUGGUUGCUUUUCUGCCAAAAACAGGGGGAAUUCUAGACC